AUGGAUCUGGAAGUCCCAGGAAAUGAUUCGGUUGUUACUGAGUUUAUCCUUCUGGGCCUAACAGAAACUCCAGCUUUGCGGCCCAUCCUCUUUACUGUCUUCCUUCUUGCUUAUGUAGCUACUGUUGGUGGUAAUUUUAGCAUCCUGGCUGCCAUCCUCACUGAACCCAAACUCCACACUCCCAUGUACUUCUUCCUGGGGAACCUGUCCCUACUGGAUAUUGGGUGCAUCUGUGUCACAGUCCCUGCCAUGCUGAGACAUUUCAUAUCUAAUAACAGAAGCAUUCCCUAUCGGGCCUGCAUCUCACAGCUCUUCUUCUUCCAUCUCCUGGCUGGGGUGGACUGCUUCCUGCUGACUGUCAUGGCCUAUGACCGCUAUCUGGCUAUAUGUCAGCCCCUUACCUACAGCACCCGCAUGAGCUGGGGAAUCCAGCGAGCCCUGGCUGCCAUGUCAUGCAUCUUUUCCUUCACUAAUGCACUAACCCAGACUGUCGCUGUAUCUACUCUCAAAUUCUGUGGGCCUAAUGUGAUCAACCACUUCUACUGUGACCUCCCACAGCUCUUCCAGCUCUCCUGCUCCAGCAUCCAACUCAACGAGCAAUUGCUCUUUGUUGCAGCAGCCUUCAUGGGCGUGGCCCCGUUGGUCCUCAUCUCUGUGUCCUAUGCCCAUGUAGUGGCUGCAGUCUUGAGAAUCCGCUCUGCCGAGGGCAGGAAGAAAGCCUUCUCCACAUGCGGCUCCCACCUCACUGUGGUGGGCAUCUUCUAUGGGACAGGUGUCUUCAGUUAUAUGCGUCUGGGCUCGGUGGAGGCUUCAGAUAAGGACAAAGGGGUAGGAAUUCUUAACACUGUCAUCAGCCCCAUGCUGAACCCAGUCAUCUACAGCCUCCGGAACCCCGAUGUGCAGGGGGCUGUGAAGCGGGUGUUCAUGGGGAGACAGUCCCCCAAUUAA